GGGUUGCGUCCUAAUUGCUCCAAUCGAAGCUCCUCUCGAUAUCUACUCCUCCUUCUACUUCUUGCUAACUCUACUACCUUACCCAGGUAUUUUAUUUGUUCAGCUCCAGGCCGGUCAAGUCGACAAGCUUCUUCGAUAUUGUUCUUCGAUAUUGACCAGUAUUAACCAGUAUUACACCGGCCUCGAGAUGUUCAUCAUGGCUUUUCGAAUUCCUACUCGACAUUUCACAUAUGUUACGGCUAGACGCCUCUCCUCUCAGGCGACAGCAGCGUCCAAUCUCCCGCGAGAUGUCAAAGAGACCAUCGUUCGCGAGGCAACUCUGCCAAAUCCCGAUCCGUCUGACGACUCGGCCAGUGCUGCCCUAGUGAAGGAGCAUUCCAAAUUUAUGCUGGCAACUUAUGCCAGGCCACCUCCGGUAUUCGUGAAAGGAGAGGGUUCGUACUUAUGGGAUUUAGAAAACCGUAAAUAUCUAGAUUUCACCGCCGGCAUUGCUGUCAAUGCGCUCGGUCAUAGUGAUGCCGGCCUAGCGAAGGUCAUCUCAGAUCAGGCGAAAACACUGUGGCAUGCAUCCAACCUUUACUACAACCCCUGGACUGGAGCGCUUUCCCAACUUCUAGUAGAGAAAACCGUCGCAUCGGGUGCUAUGCAUGACGCCGCGACCGUCUUCGUCUGCAAUUCGGGCUCUGAGGCUAACGAAGCCGCAAUUAAAUUUUCUCGAAAAGUUGGCAAGGUGUUGGAUCCUACUGGUGCUAAGCACGAAUUCGUCUCCUUCUAUCAAUCAUUCCACGGAAGGACUAUGGGGAGUCUCUCUGCGACACCGAACCCUAAAUACCAAGAACCAUUUGCGCCGAUGCUACCGGGUUUCAGGUAUGGGAAGUAUAACGAUAUCAACGCCAUCAGUGACCUCGUGACGGAUAAGACGUGUGGUGUGAUAAUCGAGCCCAUCCAAGGCGAAGGGGGUGUCAAUGUUGCCAGCGACCAAUUCCUUAUCGCCCUAGCGAAGCGGUGCCGCGAAGUAGGUGCCGUUCUCAUCUAUGAUGAGAUCCAAUGCGGUCUGUCGAGGACCGGCACGCUCUGGGCCCACGGCCACCUACCCAAGGAGGCACACCCGGACAUACUCACUACGGCGAAAGCACUUGGAAAUGGCUUCCCUAUUGGUGCUACUAUAGUCAACCAUCACGUUAGCGAGAAGAUCAAGAUUGGCGAUCACGGCACGACCUUCGGCGGCAAUCCGAUAGCGUGUCGCCUCGCGCACUAUGUAGUCUCACAGCUCUCGGACCCUAAGUUGCAGCAAGAUGUCCUUUCCAAGUCCAAGAUAUUCGUAGAGCGGUUUGAGCGCAUGCGAGAACGAUACCCAGACCUUAUAACUGAGAUUCGUGGCAAGGGCUUAAUCCUUGGCGUGCAGUUGACCCAAGAUCCAUCGCCAAUAGUAAAGGCCGCCCGAGAGAGGGGAUUGCUGGUGAUCACUUGUGGGACAAACACACUCCGAUUCGUCCCACCUCUCACAGUCAGCCAGGAUGAAAUCGAGAGUGGGUUAAAUAUUCUAGAAGAGGCCAUUGAUGCGACUCGGUAAUAUUCUUUUCGUACAUAGGCAUGGCGUUGAAGGUUAUCGGAAAAGGAUAUAUUUCCAACUAAACUUGAAAUGUAUAUGAUGAGAUACGGUAAUUCAUGUCAUCGGAUUAACAAAACCACAUUACAUGUAAUAAAAACAUUAUUCGUUAACUGCCCGUCAUAUAUGUCUUUAAUCUUUAGCACUUCGGG